UCGACGUUGUCGGCGGUGGUAAACAACGAAUGCCUGCUCGGACGACGCUGCUGAACACGACGAGGACGACCGAGGCGAUGACAACAGCGUCAGCGCUGCGGGCGUCAAUGAUGACGACAGCCUAACAGCUGUAGGAAACAGCGCAGCACCACCUCACCCUCGAGUAUACUACGCCGAGCGGGCGGUGGUCAGCUGCGAGCGUCGGGUGGUCUCAGAGACAGUGUCCAGUGGCUGGAACGCGAGGACAGCUGGUGUGAACGACAAGAGAAAGGCACGACGAGCUUUGAACAUCGGGUGGGGGACAUCACGCAGAAAACGACCUUCGACCCUUUUGUCUUGUCGCCUUGUGCGCUUGCCUUACGAAGCCGAGAAAAUGGUCGUCCGCCACCACCACCACCACGGCGGACAGGUGCAACCACCUUGACGGGUAGUGCCUCUUUGGUCGACAACCUUUUAAUCGUGCGCCCCACGAACUGUCAGUGAGAAGGAACGCCUGAGCCCACUCCUCAGAGCAUCGUAGGAGACCGAGCAUGCCUGAACAGAGCAACGACUACAGGGUCGUCGUGUUUGGAGCCGGUGGUGUCGGGAAAAGCUCCCUGGUGCUACGCUUCGUCAAAGGAACGUUCAGGGAAAGCUACAUCCCCACCAUAGAGGACACCUACAGACAGGUGAUCAGUUGCAACAAGAACGUGUGCACGCUCCAGAUCACGGACACGACGGGCAGCCACCAGUUUCCCGCCAUGCAGAGGCUCAACAUCUCCAGGGGGCACGCGUUCAUACUCGUCUACUCCAUCACCUCGGCCCAGAGCCUGGAGGAGCUCAGGCCCAUAUUCGAAGUCAUACGAGAGGUGAAGAGCGGAGAGACCGAGGGCAUCCCGAUCAUGCUGGUGGGCAACAAGUACGACGAGGCGGAGUCUCGCGAGGUGCCGCCCGAGACCGGCCAGGAGCAGGCGAAGCGCUGGUCGUGCGGCUUCCUCGAGACGUCGGCCAAGACCAACCACAACGUGCGCGAGCUCUUCCAGGAGCUGCUCAACAUGGAGAAGCGCCGUUCCGUCUCGCUUCAGCUCGACACCAAGAAGACCAAGUCGCAGCUUCGCAAGGAAAAACUCAAGGGCAAGUGUCUCGUCAUGUGAGGAAACCCCCCCGACGCCAGAGGAGACGCCGACGAAGAAGCCACCACUCGAUAAACACACCACACAAACACUCAUCCGACACGAACGCAUACAUGUUCCAACCUUCACGUGCGGCCUCGGGGCAUUAGGAUACCUGUCGAAACCACAUGGGCACAACCACAUGGACGGGAU